UUUUCCAGUAUGAUAAUCUCGAAAUAACGUCAUUAAAUAAUACAAGAGAAACAAGGAGAAAUGCAAUAAGCAAUAACGACAGAUUAUAUAAAAUAGAUAAGUAGAUCGAUCGAAAAGAUUAUUAUUUCAAAUCGCGAGAAUGAAACAUUCAUAAAAGACUUGCGUUGAAUACCUUAUGAUGCAGCGAACGCAGUGUUAGGAACGAUUGCUUUUCCUUCUUCAAAUUCCUUGCGCAGUUCCAGUGCGAUUCAUAUAUUAUAAUUUAAGAAAUGCUUCGCGGAAGUUGGAAAUUGCUGCUUCUAUUGCGUAUAGUGCUUGUUUCUUGCGUGAAAGACAACAUCAUGGUUCGAGACUACUUUAUGUAUAAAGGCGUCUCCAGUGUCGUAGGAUUCUCCUGUGGAGGUCUCGAAAAUGACGUGAAGUUUGCGAAGACAUUCAAUGACGUCUACGUACUCGCGUCGAUGUGGAACCUCGAAUCCGUGAUUGAAUCGACGCAUACUUUCAGGAAGCUUCUGCAAAACAAUUAUCACAAUUUAGGCGUUUACGUGGACGCACGAUGCGACCAUCAUAAUUACACCAUAAUUUAUACCGAGGCUACGAAAUAUUUCAUGUACGACGAGACGCAUAAGUGGCUAAUUUUGGGAUCAAAGUUGAACGAUACUGUGAGUCUGUUGAACGACAAUGCCUUCGGCGUAGUCACCGACGUUACGAUAGCUGUACCGUCUCUCACCGGUUACGACUUGUACGAUGUCUACAAUCCCUGCAAAGAACGCGGUGGCGUUUUGAAUGUAACCGCUUUGGGUUAUUGGACCGAGAAAUCUGGCGUGGCAAUUAGAUUGAAGCAAUCGAAGUACGAGAGAAGAUCCAAUUUGCACGGCAUGAAACUCAGAGUGGGAAUCUUGCUGUCGCAAAAGCUGUACGAUUCGUCACUGUCGGAGGCUAUCAUGCUGGAUUCAAACAUGAAGUCGAAAUACGGUCGAUCUCAAUUUCUCUUCACACUCUUGAUGCACAUGGCCGAUCUCUUUAACUUCACUAUAGAAAUUGUGGAAGUGGACCCGAAAAAGCGACAGGACAAUUCCGCGCCGAUAUUCGUCGCCUUUCAGAGAAAUAUGGUAGAUGUUUCAGCUAGUCCGAUCGUGAUGAAAGCGGAAAGAUUACGAAUGGGUGAUAUUAUCGGUUCGGUGUGGCCUAUGCGAUCCUGCUUUUUUUUCCGGACGAUAUCCUCGGCGAACGUGAAGACGAAGCAAUUUUUGCGACCGCUAAAUAUUAAGGUGUGGUACGUGGUAUUCGCCACGAUGAUUGUCGCCACAUCGAUCCUGGCGUGGUUGUUGCUCAAGCAGGAAGGCGUCCAGAGUCUAACGGAAGGCUACAGUAUUUCUAUUCUUCUUACCAUAGGCGCUGUUUCACAGCAAGGUUCUGUACUUGUUCCGGUUCAUUACGCGGGUCGCAUAGCGUUUCUGCACAUUAUGCUCUUCAGUGUAUUGAUGUUCAAUUACUACUCGGCGAGCAUCGUGUCGGACCGAUUGAAGAACAGAGCCGUGAAGAUGAACGACUCGCUGAUUAGUCUGGCGAACAGUCAUCUGAAAGUGGCGGCUGAACCCGCGCCGUACUUUCGUUCCUUUUUGCAGUCACCGGAAGAAGAGGUACGAUAUUUUAACGUAAAACGGUGGGACAAACUGCCGGAAACAAAGCGAUAUCUACCGUUAGCGGAGGGUUUAGAUCGCGUGGCUAAUGGCGGUCUGGCUUAUCACACAUCGAUUGAUUCCGCAUAUCCGUAUAUCGAGCGGCAUUUUCACUCGCGGAUGAUUUGCGAGCUGACGGAGGUUCAUCUCUUUCGCGCAGUCCUCGCGCUUUGGGCCAGGUAUCGAAGUCCGUUCACGCCGCUAUUAAAAAUCGGCUUGGCCAAGAUGUAUGACACGGGCAUUCGGAAGCGACAACUGAAACGUUGGUCGGCAAGAAGACCCUUCUGUCCGAGAAACCUACUGAUUGCUGAGCCGCUGUCAAUUCACGAAGCUGCGCCCAUUUUCGCGUUUAUCAGCAUUACCACAACAUUGUCCUUCGUGAUUUGCAUCGUAGAGAACCUCGUUCACUGGUUAUGGCCCUCGCGACCGUCAAUACUCAGCAUCGAAAAACUACAGUGCAUACAAAGAAAUCUUUCGUUAUUAACAAAGCGCAUAUCCAAUAUUCAAAACCGAAUAUUCUCACGUGAAUGAAUUUAUAAUUAUGAUUUUUUAAUAUGAUUUAUUCGUUCAGUUGGAUUAUAUUUACCCGUUAAACAUACGCGUAAAUAAUUAAUCAGUCGUGUGCGAUUUAUUAUUUGAUGUAGUUCGACAGUGACAUGUCUCCUAGUUUCCGAACUUAAUGUGAUAGCGAUGGAACGUGAAUAAAUGAUAAGACAUAGGAUUCCGA